UAAAAUUAAUGAACAUUAUGAAAUACAAGAAAUAAAAUUUGAGAAGAAACUUUCUUCCAUCUCAUUUUCAUAAAAUCAUUAGAUAAAUAUUUUUUCCAUUGUUGACUCACUCCUUUCUUUCUAUCUACUAGAAUAUUAUUUAGUCACGUUCUGUCGAAGCAAAACUAAUUCUAAAAUCUCUUUUCUCGGAAUCGUUGCAUUUUCUUGAGUUUUGCAUCCAACCUUCGACAAUACAAUUCCGAUGUACCUGAAAUAGGAUCUCUUCAAAAGAAGUGAGAGAGAAAGAGAGAGAGGGAGAAAAAAAGUGAGAGAGAAGGAAAGGAAAAAAGAAGAAAAGAUUCAUUCCUAUGAAAAAUGUUUUUGUUCAUUCAACUGAAUUGUGAAUAAAAAUAAUAAUAUAUGUUUAGUGCUAGGUUAAAAAUCUUCUCAAGACAAUUUGACGCAUUUUAAACGUAUUGAACGUAGAAAAACGAGAAGAAUCCGAUCAUCGCUGUUCCGGGCUAUGGAAUAUCAGAUGCAUGCGAAAGCGGAUGUAAUUCAUUCCGAUUUCGACGCACGAUUUGUCAUUCGGUUGAAAUAGAAUUUGUGCAGUAUUACAAUGCAACUGCUAUCAUAGAAUUUUUAGAUUAGAUUAUUUUAGAAACUUCUUAGAUGAUUUUCUAAUAACUAAUGUCUUCUGGUGUUCUGUCUUUAAUAUAUUUGAUUUUUUAUUGCGCUAUUCGUGUUAACAGUACAGACAAGAAAUAGAUUCUCAUAUAACUUCUUUCUCUAUCUCUUUUAAUUACUAACUCUUAUCCAAUUUUUAUUUUUUUUAGAAAAUCUAAAUUUUUUCUUUAAAAUCAAAUUAAUCUUUAAUCUUGAUAUUAGGACACACGUAUAUUAUUUGAUUACCAUUAUUUAAAAACAUAUAUUCUGUUUAUUAAGCAAAUAUACAUCUUAAGCUUAGUUUUUAUCAGUAAUUCAUAGCAAAACUCGAAUAUAAGGCUUGGCCAAAAAUAGUAUUUUAUCAUUUCAAAAUAUUACUCUGCGUCUCAUAUGCAUGAAAAUGAAUUGUCGUUGACGACAUAAAUUUUCUCUAUAAAAAUUAUUUGAAAUAAACUCUAUUGUGUUAAAAUAAUAUAUUCAUCGAAUUAAAAACUGUAAAAGUUAUUAUUAUUAAAGAAGAAAGCCUAUUAUAUCACAUUAUAUUUGUAAUUAUAUGUAUAUCCACGUAAUAUCAAAAAUAAUUUUACAAUUACGUUUUUUUUAUCGAUAAAAUGUUCUAAAUAAAAUAUAAUUCCAUACAGAUCCUAAGCGAGUCCUUGAUGAUUUCCGCGGAACAGAAUGUCAAUGGAUAUUGGCAAAAAAUCAUAAUUAUAAUUAUCGAUAAUGAGUCAGUAAUUUCGCAAUAAAAUCAUGCAUUUUUACGUUUAUAAAUAAUUGUAUAUUACUUAACACUCUAUAAUAUUUGAUUAAUAAAUUAAAAAAUAAAAAAUAUUUUAUUAUAAUAAUGUCAAAAUAAAGUGCCAAGUGUCAAGUUACUAAGCUGUAUUGAAUUACUGGGAUGAGUAAAAUUUGCAGAGCGUAGAAAAUUGGCAGACUAAAGACGCAGAAUAAAUAAAUAAAAUACAAAACAAAAGUAAAAACGUUAUCCACUAACUAGAAGCAGCUUGAUUAAGGAGAUCUCUAGCAAAACAAAUUCGUUUAACUUUUAGCCGUAACGUCAUUUUGCACAGACACAUAAAUAAAUAUCGGUACAAGGUAAAACUUGUAGUCGUUGCGAUACAAGAAGCGCUUGAACAGUGCUGUGAUUUCAAUAACAGUUCUCUCAGUAUUAUUAUUAAUUUAAGCAAUUUAAUAACGAUAUGGCGUGUAAGGUAACAGAUACAUACAUACAUAACGAGGUACCUAAUCCAUUACAUUAAUAAAUAUAUAAAUUUUAUUACUAAAAUUCAUGUAUCUUUAGUUUUUGAAAAACAAUAAUAUACUCAGUGGAGAAGAAGAACUAAUUCAUGAUAUAAAUAUUGGGAACAUGAUUUUGAGCGCAUUUAAAUUCAGGCCGAAUUUCAUCGGUCAGGUAAUAAUAAAGCUUAUUUUAAUAAUAAAUUUAUAUCACUACGUACAACACACGCUGUAAGCAUUAUACACAAUGAAUAAUGAAAGAACAUAAAAGUAAAAGAAAAUAAAAGAAUAUCUCAUUUAAUAAGACGUAUAAUGUAUUAAUAUCUUUAAUAUGUUUAAUAAUGUGAUCGCUAUCUUAUAGAUAGAUGCAGAGACAGAUGAAAAAACUACAUACCAACAGAUGCUAGAGAACAGCGUGAAGUGUGCAUUAUGGUUAAAAAGGCAAAUACUCGGGAAAAAUAUCACGAUAUCAAUAAGUACAUCUCAGCAAAUGCUUAGCUACAUACCGCUUCUAGCGGGUUUAUAUGUCGGUGCUAUUAUCAAUCCGUGGGAUCCAAAAUACUUCGAAGACGACGUACGAGUAAUGUAUUUUUUAGUGGAAUAUAAACCAGAAGUAAUCUUUGUUGAUAGAAACGAUUACCUAAUACUCAUGCGAGCUAUAAAUCGCUUAAAUCUUACUUGUGAUACAAUAGCUGUUCCAAAAAUCGUAACUUUCGGCAAGGUUGAAGGUCACGAAGAAAUUUCUCUCGAAUCUAUAUUAAGUGCAACAAGUUAUCCAGGUAAAACGUAUAUUCGUUACUUCUCUUUCGUGUUUCCAUCAAAUCAGGAGGUACCCGAAAUGUCUCCUGAUGGCAUUGGUCUAUGGUAUGGGCCUUUAAGUUGGACUUAUCAUCUACUCUUGACCAUUCGUAGCAUAGUUUCGUAUGUCACAGUGAUCAAGUGCUCGAAAUUCUACGAUGAAAAUAUGUACAAUGCAAUAGAGAAGUACAAGGUGAAAUGGGUGUUUCUUCAAAGCGCAAUGUGCAGCCAAUUGUUUAAAACUGACAUCCGUAUGUAUGAUGUCUCUUCUUUGAAGCAACUAAUAUUCGGCGAUUCAGCCAUCAAUCACGUUAUCUACGAACAACUCAUCAAGCACUUUACUAACGCUUCUAUCGUUCAAGUAUAUAGCUUAUCAAAAGUAGGCAUAAUUGCUGCUUAUCAACGAAACAGUAAAUCGAUCGGAUCGAGCGGUCACGUGGCUAAAAAUGUUAAUUUAAUGAUUCUUAAUGAAGAAAGAACGAAGGCCAAUCUGAGUUCAGAUACACUAGGCGAAAUCUGGUUCAAACUCACGUGCAAGUGGUGCAAUACUAAGACGUGCAAAUUGCCAAAUUGUAUUCAAAGAAAAAAAAAUAAAAACAAAAACAUAACGCUGUCAUCAGCUGCUAUUACUUCUACAUGGCACUGCACCGAAGAUUAUGGCUUCUAUAAAAAAACUGGCGAAAUCUUCAUCAUCGAUAAAAUAAAGAACCUUAUUAAAUACAAACUAUAUUGUAUUCCACCUACAAUAAUCGAGAAUGUGUUACAAAAUCAUCCGGCUGUGUUGGAAGUCGUUGUAAAAUCCGUACCACAUAGAGAAUAUGGCGAAAUUCCGAUGGCUUAUAUUAGGCUAAAAUACGAAUAUCAGGUGACAAAAGACGAACUAAUAAAAUAUGUACAAAGAAAUGUGACCGACGUGUUUAAGCACGGAGAUCUGUGCUUUACGAAAGAAAUGCCAUAUCUCCCUAAUGGAAAAAUUGAUCGAUCGCUAGUUGGCUAUAUUAAGAAAGAGUCAUACAAAUAUUAAUUUUUUUUUAAGUCUAGGAAAGAAGAGUGAUUUAUAAUUUUUGUGUUAAAUCCAAAUUUUAAAAUAUUUUAUAAUGUAAAUAUAAUAACUAUUAAGAUAUCUUUCGUAUAAAUAAGUUGAAAGUGAUAAUCAUACUUUAAUUCAAAAUUUAAUUGUUAUAUAAAUAUUUAUUGAUGUAUACUAUAUAUAAUAUUAACAAUGUAAGAAAUAAAAAAUGAAAAAAUAUAAAACAAAGAAAUAAUUUAUAUAAAGAAUUCAUUUUGUAUAGAAAGAUUGUAUCAUAAAUUUUGUCUUGUAUAAACUUGCUCCAUUAAAUCAAAUUGCAUUAAAUCAAA